GUGUUGUCGCCGUGCUUUCGGUGCCAACUCAGUGCGGGGCUUGUCAAUCGGUGAGCAGCACAGCAGCCAGAGAGACCUGCUGAGGAAGAGAGAGAAGAGAGAUUGAGCAAGUCACCCUCCACGCCCAGAGAUCACCAGCCUCCUCGACGCACCCCUCAGGUUCCCAACAUGGCCACUCCAAUUUCUCCAGAGGAGCUUGAGGAACUUAAAGAAGCCUUUGCUAAGAUUGAUGUGGACAACAACGGAUUUAUCAGCAAAGAUGAGCUCAACGAGCUCUUCAAGGCUGCCAACCUGUCACUGCCGGGCUACAAAGUCAGAGAGAUCAUCCAGGAGCUGACCAAGUCCAGCUCACAGCUCACCUUUGAUGAGUUCACUCAUAUCGUCCACGGCCUGAAGAGCAGUGAGGUGGCAAAGACCUUCAGGAAAGCCAUCAAUAAGAAGGAGGGGAUCUGUAGUGUGGCAGGAACCUCAGAGCAGUCGGGCACCCAGCACUCCUACUCAGAGGAGGAGAAGGUGGCCUUUGUGAACUGGAUCAACAAAGCUCUGGAGAAGGACCCAGACUGUAAACACGUGCUGCCAAUGGACCCAAACAGCGACGACCUGUUCACUGCUAUGGGAGAUGGAAUCGUCCUCUGUAAAAUGAUCAACCUUUCUGUGCCCGACACCAUCGACGAGAGAACCAUCAACAAGAAGAAGCUGACGCCCUUCACCAUCCAGGAGAACUUGAACCUGGCUCUGAACUCGGCCUCGGCCAUCGGCUGCCACGUGGUGAACAUCGGAGCCGAGGACCUGAAGGAGGGCCGGCAGCAUCUGGUCCUGGGUCUGCUGUGGCAGGUCAUCAAGAUCGGACUGUUCGCCGACAUCGAGCUCAGCAGGAACGAAGCUCUGAUCGCUCUGCUGCGUGAUGGAGAGAGUCUGGAGGACCUCAUGAAACUGUCCCCCGAGGAGCUGCUGCUGCGUUGGGCCAACUAUCACCUGGAGGAGUCCGGCUGUGGCAAGAUCAACAACUUCAGCUCCGACAUCAAGGACUCCAAGGCGUACUACAACAUCCUGAACCAGGUGGCCCCCAAAGGAGAUGAAGAGGGAAUCCCACCCAUCGCCAUCGACAUGUCAGGACUCAGAGAGAAGGACGACCUGAAGCGUGCUGAGUGCAUGCUGGACCAGGCCGACAAGCUCGGAUGCAGACAGUUCGUCAUGCCCACAGACGUCGUCCGCGGCAACCCCAAACUCAACCUGGCUUUUAUCGCCAAUCUGUUCAACAAGUAUCCGGCGCUGAAGAAGCCCGAGAACCAGGAGAUCGACUGGAGCUCCAUCGAGGGUGAAACCAGGGAGGAGCGCACCUUCAGGAACUGGAUGAACUCACUGGGCGUCAACCCUCGUGUCAAUCACCUCUACGCAGACAUUGACGACGCCCUGGUCAUCUUCCAGUUGUAUGAGAAGAUCAAGGUACCAGUGGACUGGGACAAAGUCAACAAGCCACCCUACCCUAAACUGGGCAGCAACAUGAAGAAGCUGGAGAACUGUAACUACGCCGUGGAGUUGGGCAAAAAGGAGGCCAAGUUCUCCCUGGUCGGCAUCGCUGGUCAGGACCUGAACGCAGGGAAUCGAACCCUCACUCUGGCUCUACUGUGGCAGCUCAUGAGGAGGUACACCCUGAACAUCCUGGAGGACCUGGGUGACGGUCAGAAAGUCACUGACGACACCAUUGUGGCCUGGGUCAACGACAUGCUCACACAAGCUGGAAAACCAACCAUCUCCAGCUUUAAGGACGGGUCCAUCAGCAGCAGUAUGCCGGUUCUAGACCUGAUCGACGCCAUCCAGCCUGGAUCCAUCAGAUACGACCUGCUCAAGACAGAAGACCUGACGGAGGAGGAGAAACUCAACAACGCAAAGUACGCCAUCUCCAUGGCCAGGAAGAUCGGGGCCCGUGUGUACGCGCUGCCUGAGGACCUGGUGGAGGUCAAACCUAAGAUGGUGAUGACGGUGUUCGCCUGCCUCAUGGCACGUGGCAUGAAGAGAGCCUAAAGAACCCCCCGCCCCCCAUGAGUGACCCAGAACAACCCAGAACCUGGACCUGAUCGCCACCCAGACCACCAAGGAAACUUUUAACAGACCAAGAAUAAACUCAAAUCACAGAAAUAUUGAAGUUGCAGUUUUUAAAACGGAGGUGAUUUCUGUUACAGUUAAAACUUUUAAACUUAAUCCUAUAAAGUCUAAGGUGACAGUCUUUUUGAGACCACAGCGUAUCUUAAAUCUUAAACAUGGAGCGUUUGAGGUGAAGUUUAAACCUGAGAGGAGUUCUGAUGUUUUCAUUAUGUGGAGAUAAAUCUGUCUCUGACCGCUCUAAGACAAAUAAACAGUUUAACUGAACCGAUGAGAUUUCUGCCAGCUGCUCACUCUGUAACUGAACAACUUAACACAACAGUUUCCCACAUGCCUGGUUCCAGAUUAUAAAGCUUUAAAACCAACAGAAGGCAGAGGAAGGUUUUUCAGAUGAGUUGAAAUAUUGCAGUAUUACUUGUUGCUGUAUUCGUUUUUCCACUGGUCUGACUUCCUCCUCCUCAUGUCAGUUUCAGGCUUUUUAUCUUUCAGCUCUUAAAAUGAUUUGCUACUUCUGUUUCACUCUAAACUGAACUCUGGUAACUCCUCACCAUUCAGCGUCCUCAGGAAGAUCACUGCUAUUUGGUUUCACUUUUAUUUCUAAAGAGCUUUGUUUUUUGUUGCUUUAAAUAAUCAGUGGUUGUCUGAAGCAGCAAGUUGAUUUUUCCUAUGAAGAGCUUCCUGUACACUUCCAUCCUGUUUCUGUGGUAGCUGACAUGUCCCAGGCAGAGCCACAGUUUGAAUCAGGAAGUUUAAACCUGAUGUACACAACUAAUAAACACAUUUUGUAUUGAAA